AUGGUGAAAACUCGUGGAACUUCCUCUAAGAAGAUCCUUGCUACUCAAUCCCGAAAGCCAUCUGCCCAACCCUCCCCGUCGCCUCCUCUGUCUGUGUCAAUAGCACCUCCACCUGCUCCAGCACCUGCGGCAUCUCUUGGGAGGACUACCAAAUCCAAGGCACGCAAGAGGAUGAUCUCUCUCUCUACUGAACACCCCAUGGUGUUUCCAGAUAUCUCGGCUGAUAUUGUUGACAACGCACCACCAUCUGAAGUGAUGGUUCCCUCUCGAGCCAAGAACCAAUCUACUUUUCCGAUUGAAUCGAGUCUGGCGGCUAGGGAAAAAUCCAAGUUUGUUUCAUCUUCUUCCAAAGUUGCUGCUACUGGGUUACUCAAGUUUCCCAUGAAGUCGAGCCAGUCCAAGAAGAACUCUUUGGCUCUAAAAAGAAAGUUGGUGUUGGGCUUGUCUUCAUCCCCCUUGACUGCUGCCAAGAAAAGAUUGAAGGCUCAUCCCCCUUCUCCGUCUUCCUCUGAAUCUGAACCUGAGGAAGAGAAAUUUGAGUCUGAAGAAACCCAUGAUACCACCUUAUCUAAUGAAUCUGUUCCUGACAAUGCUGAAUCAGAGGCUAAGUCUGAUGAGCCAAAACAAGAAGACGUUGUCCCUACUGAACAAGAAGACGAAUCUAACACAGAGCCAGUUGCAACUCCAUUGUCGUCCAAGGCUAAAGGCAAGAGACCUAUCUCUGAUUCUACACCAUCUCAAGGACUCUCAUGUGUUAAUUUCAAACCUCAUUCUCCUAUUUUUUUUUGUUAUAAUGACAAUGCUCAUGAUAUGGUUCUCUAUGCUCAAAGGAAAUUUCUCAUUGAGAAAAAUUAUGUCUUGAGUGAUCAUCGUCCUUAUGGUGUGCUAACUAUGCUUCAAGAUCGAAAAUGGACAUGCUCUUUGUUUAAAUUUACUGGUUUUGUGGAUAGAAUAGUCAAGGCAUUCUAUGCAAAUAUUACUGAUGAAAUUAUUGAAGCUAAAUCUCCUUUGUAUUGUAAAGCUUUGCAUCUUCCUCUUGAUGUUGAGAAUGAUGACGAUCUUGACUCUCUUGACAAGGAUGAGGUCAUCACUGAACUAGUGGGACAAAAAAUGGUAUGGCCACCUAAUACAGUCAUCUCGGUUACCAAUCUCACCUACACUUAUGUUGUUCUCCAUAAGUUUGCCACAACGAAUUGGAAACCGACUUCUCACACCGCAACUAUCUCAUUUGACAUGGCUUCCUUUUUGUACAAAGUGGGGACCGAAAUUGGUAAUAAGAGAAACUUGAAUCUUCCUUUUCCUCAAGUUAUUAAUAAAGUGUUGAGUAUGCAGAAAAAAGAUCUCAUGCGAGAUCAAGAAGAUUUGGUGGCUCCCACUACUGCUGCUUCCUACAAAGCAUCUGCUCCAACUACUAAAGCUGUUGAUGCUCCAUCAUCCAAGAAAACCAAACCUCAAUCUCUGAAUUUUGCCUCGGAUGACAUUCCUCAUGAAUCCUCAUCUGUUCCCACAGAUUCAGCUACUGUUCCUACAACACUAGCUGCUGUUCAAGCCUCUCUUGAUUCUUUGGCUGUUCGAGUGAUGACAGUUGAAGGACUGCAACAUUCUGUUUUGGAUGCUGUUAAAGCUUUGUCCAAGGAUCCAACAGUUUAG